AUGUUACCAGUGAAAGGAAUAUGCAUGGAAAUGUGUCCCAAGGAGGAAAUAAAGAUGAGAACAUCUAAGAGACUUGUGCACCAGUUGGAAUUUAAACCUCAUAAAAUGGUUAAAUGUUUUAGCCGUUCAGCUGCUGGUAAUUCAUUAAGCAAACCUCAUAUUUUAAGACCACCGCCAGUUCUAAGGAAAACUGUAUCAUAUCUUUUAAAUGAGGUGCUCACAGUUGAAAAUGUACCAUUUAAUAUUAUUUAUGAUUUUAUUGAUGACCGUUUAAAUUCUAUAAGACAAGAUGCUACUAUACAAGCCGUGUCUAAUCAAGAUUGGAUGGCUAUUUUGCCACCUAUUAUUCGUUUUCAUGCAUAUGCGGCUUAUAAAUGUUAUGAAUAUGAUGUAAAUACAUUCGAUCCAUUUUUAAAUAUGAAGCAUUUUCAUGAAAGCAUUUUUAAAAUUGUUAAAAUAUUGUUAGAAGACUCUGACGAAUCAACAAAUGAGCUUUGUUCGGAAAUGGUAUCUCUUCUGAUUGUUACAAAUUUAGGUGAUUAUAAUGUUCUUCAACAAGCUUUGCCGUUUAUAUCAAAGAAGAAUUCUUUAAUCAAAAUGGCAGUGCUAUUAUCACUGAAUAUUAUGAACGGUAAUUUUGGACAGUUAUUUGAAACAUACAAUACAUUUCCACCAAUGCAUCAGUGUGUUAUUUGUGUACAAUUACCAAUGCUAAGAAAGAACAUAUUAAAAUCAAUGUGUAUGGGUUUUAAUUGCAAAAAUAAUUACUUUCCAAUUUCAAUCUUAUCUAAAAUGUUGCUGCACAAUGAACUUCAUGAAACCAUUAAAGAGUGUCAACAUUACGGUUUAACUGUGGUUGAUGAUAAAGUGGAAUUAUCAAAGUCUUCAUUUAAUAAUGAAGCGGAUGAGUUACAUUUGAAAAAGGAAAUCAAAUUCAAAGUUAAUGUAUCAACCAUGGUUCUUAAUAUCUAA